UUCGAAACUUUUUACUUUUUAGAUUAGUACUAGACACUAUUUAGUUACAUAAGAAAUUACAAAUUAUUCGUGGUUUUUGUAUUCCUAGCACAUUUAUUUAUUUAAUUUACAUCCAUUGGACUUUGAACUUUGUUUAACGCACACUACGAAAUGUAUAUUAUGCGAUGACCACUGUAAAUGAUAAUUUUGUUCUUUUAAACAGCUAAUUUGUUAUUCACUUAUUAUAUAAAUAUUAUUACUGUCGUGAACGUAAAUAUUUUGGAAUGGCAUCGUCGAGUCGAGGAAUUCAAAUUGGUUCUGCGUGGUUUCAACGUAAAAUUAAUCUAAGACCACAACACAGGGGCGUACAUUUAGUAACUGAAGAAAUUCUAAAACAAAUACCAGAAAUAUCUCAAUUUUCUGUUGGUUUAUGUCACAUACAAAUUUUACAUACAUCAGCUAGCCUUGCCAUUAAUGAAAGUUGGGAUCCAAAUGUUCGAGAUGAUAUGGAGAUGAUGCUGAAUAAAAUUGUUCCCGAAGGUUUACCUUAUCGACAUUCGUGUGAAGGACCAGAUGACAUGCCAGCCCAUGUAAAAGCAUGUUUUCUUGGUUCAUCAAUAACAGUGCCCAUUACUGAAGGGAAAUUGAAUCUUGGUACAUGGCAAGGUAUUUGGCUGUGUGAGCAUCGAAAUCAAGCUGGUAGUCGAAAGCUAGUGAUCACAUUAAAUGGAUCACCAAAUUCAUCUGCAAGUGAUUGUAACCGAUCACCAAUGUCUCCGUCCUCGCCUAUGGCUUCAUUAAGCAGUUAGGCAUAUUAAAUAUACUCAUAAAGGGAUGUUAUUUAUAGACACUACAGCCAACAUUAAAUUAGAUACAACUGUUUGCCGCUGCCUCUAGUCAAAUGUAAUAUAAGCACUUUUAUGACAAAUAUUAUUUUAUCCCAUUAUGAUUAGUUUAUUUAAAAUUUUAAUCAAGUGCAUUAUAAAAAGUAACAACAU